GGGAAAUAAAGAGGCGACUGAAGAGCUGCGACAGUCCAGUCACUGAGAGUAAAGUGCUUGGGAUCCAAAAAAAAAAAAAAAAAAAAAGGAGGUGAAGUAAUAUUUUUCCAUCCUCCUCCCGGAUGAUCUUUUUACUUGUGAACCUGACAGGAAUAUAACAGAAGAGGACAUAUUUUUUUCUGUCCUGGGAUGACUAUGGAACCUAAUUUUGUCUUCAACAUCUAGAAGAAAAAAAGAAUAAAAACAAAGAUUUAAAGGAAAGUAAAGAUGGAAUAAAAGCAUGGGUGAUUUCCCAAAGAAGAACAAUCACUAAAAAGUAUCCAAAUAUUUAAUCUUAACUAUAUUUGCUUUGCUCUUUAUACCGACAGAGGUUAAAAACAAACAACUGGAAGACAAAUAGGAUCUGUAUAAGGAGCAAAAGGGAUGCAGGAAUCCCACUUUGGAAAAUGAAGGUAAAACGCAGGAAUCUGUAUUGAAAGAAAAAAGCUCAUUUGUGUUACUGACGGACUAGCAACCGAGUCAGGCUCCCAAGGAACCAAUUUUAAAAUGGAUGAAUAAAAACAUUAAUUAUUUCAAGGGAAAAGGAGAGGCAAUUAAAAAGUUUAAAGUGAGGAAGGGCGACCAAAAGACAACAAAUAAAGAGGAAAGCAACAAUAGAAAGUGAUCUGAAAAAGCUCAAGGACAACAGAACAAACCAAGAACCAGGACAAGCUGACUACGACAAUGAAACAUUCUCUCAUCAUCUUCGUCCUCCACUUGGCAGCGCCGACGUUGAUGGCGAAAGGCGUGCCUCAGUUGCAGCUGGGGCGCUGGGUGCGCUCAGGCCUGCAGUCCCUACAGUGGGACCAGCUGCACCACUGUCUCCGCGCCUCCUCUCACUCCGAAACCGAGUGCAGGCGACUCGCCCACUUGUCUCCCUCCACCGUGGCCGUCUACGCCUCUGAACCGCGCACAGGUGCCUCCGACAAAGUGCUGGCCAUUCUCCCAGACUCUUACUCGUCCAGUGGGUUGAUCAGCUCCAAAUUUCGGAGCGCUUUCGGCAUCGGCCGAUUGGCGAAUGGGAGGGAGAGCCGACAUAGGUACCAAGCGCCUUUUCUCGCCUCCGUGAGCCAUGACGCGGUGCUGGUGCUGGACCCGAGUCCCAGCGAGAACUUUGGACACCCAGUUGCCCUCUUCUACGUGGACUUCAAUGUGACAAAGAAGAGAUGUUCCCACCUGGACGGCAUUUAUCUGGGAGAGGAGUGUUUGACUCAGGCCUUGAAAGGUCGCUGUCAGAACCAGCUGAAGCGUUGGCAGGCCGGGCCCGAAAGGCUUAUGGAACAAGGGCAUAGCUGGCUCGUGGGAGGAGCUCCACGCAGAGCUACCUUUAGCAGUCAGGUCAGUGGACGGCUCUGUGAGGUCCACUUUCUUCCCUUGGUGGUUGGAGUCGGAGACAGCAACCGGACCCAGAGACUCAGAUGUGUAGAUCACACCGAAUUUUCCAGGUGUCCUCAAUUGGUACCCAUGGGGUCCCCUAGUUUGCCCGUCUCGAGUUGCGAGCUGAACAAAAACACGAGACGCUGUCACCAGCAGCCACUGGCCACGCACCUCUCCUGCCGCCUUUACCAGACAUGCGACCAUGCGGUGCUUAUCUCUGGCGGCUGGCGGCAGCAGAUGACAUUUCAGCGACACGUGCAGAAUCUUCAGAGGUUCUACAGAAUGCUGCGUAUCAAUGGUUUUCACAAAGACCACAUCAAGACUUUCUUUGCCAGCAGUGGGCAUAAUCCAGAGGAGCUGGAGGGUGCCUACUCAGCCACGGAGAAGGCGGUGAUCCGUAACCAUGUGUCAUAUGUCUGCAGGAAACAACACUGCGCCGACUCACUGGUGCUCUACCUGAACUCGCCCACGCGCAACGAUGGGACCAUGCUCCUGUGGGACGCCAACCUCAAUGGCAUCGCUGAUCUGAAGGAGCGCUACUCAGUCAAUGAACUCUUGACUGACCUGGCUGGCUGUAGGGCAACUCGUGUUUUGUUGUUCGUGGAUCAGAGCUACAGCGGCGUUCUGUCCAAAAGGCUGAGAGGCUCCCAGAAACAUCUCAAUGUAGUUCUAAUCCCAAACCAGAAAUUGUUGACUCAAAACUACCAGAACCAGCGGGUGAGCAUGAGCUCGGAGGACAGCAGCUGGGCACAUAUUGGUCCGUCAACAUGCUUGUUGGACUACCUGGAGAAGAGUGCGGGUGAUUCCCACCUGUUGGACCAGUGGGCCGGCCUCUUAAACAUCACCCUGGCAGGAGCUCCGUGCAACGCCACACCUCCGCUAACGGACAGCGAGAUGAGGCGAUGGUACCAGGGAUGCCAGAACCUGCCGACCGCACUCUGGCACAGGAAGUACCAAAGCAGCAACUAAAAAAGGGAGCGAGACACAAAAUGACUGACCAGACAGUGGGCGAGAGAGGAAAACACCUCACUUCCACAAUACAUGUUAAGAGUUAAUCACAUGCAUGUGUAGAUGGACAGUAGAUGCAAUGCGUGUGUGUGUGUUUAGUGUGUGUUUGCGUGCGGGGAUGUAUGUAUGUGUGUUUUCUGCCCUGACGCUGAACUCGGACUGCAACCAUGGUGAUGACAGCUCAUCCCAAGGGGGCGUCCUGAACCUGAACGCCAUUUGUGUGUGGAGGUUCAGCAAAAGGACAGCACUUGGGUCAGAGCUUGUGUGUGUGUGUGUGUGUGUGUGUUCAACAUUUCACAACCGAUCAUCACUCCUAUUUUAGUCCGCAUAAGUUUUCUUUUCUUCCAUUUCUUUGCUUCUUAUUUUCGUCCCAUCACUCACCCCUCACCCAUGACCUCACCCACUGACCCCUUUAUCGCACACUCACCUUAACUUAAUCAUCUGCACAUUAUUCAAGUAAGUUAGCAAAUUAUUAUAUAUUUGCAAACUUCAAUUCCCAAAACAUUUACAUCCACUAUUCAAAUCUAUAGUAUCGUAUAUCCGCAAAUAUCUUGUCGUCACAUUGAGACAAAUGAUGGGAGGCCUUUAUUCAAAAUAAAAAAAACCAACAAAAUUAUUAAAUGAAAACCAAUUACAUAAACAGAGAACAAUUCCAUACCUUUAUUCCUGUGCGUGGCUAGAGCACGAUUUGAUUGCGUAAUAGGUCCAGACCAUUUUAAGAGAGGUAUCGAAAAUGAAUGAACAAAUGAAUUGAUUACCGGUAUUUGGCAAUUAAUGUUUGGGGGGAAUAAGAAGCAGCACAGUGAACAAGUGGUGAGCAUAUCUGCCUCACAUCUGAGGGUUCAAAUCAGGAUUGUACCCAGGUACUCCACUGUUCUCCGAACAUUCCCCAGCGACAUGGAAGCUAGGUUAAUUAAAGACUCCAAAUCGUCCAAGGGUCUGAAUGUGAUCGUCAAUGCUUGUUUGUCUUUUGGUCUUUUCCUUCUAAACGACUUGCUGGCGACCGGUCCAGGGUGCACUCAAAGUUAGUUCCGAGAGCACACAGCUCACUGGAGAGGUGAGUGGAAUAAAGAUUGUCGUUUCAGACACUGAUUCCACAUAGCAUAAGAUCAUUUUGACUAUCCACGGGGAACUCAUGUUUAGCAGGAGUUGGAUUUCACUCUUUCACUUUCGUCAUACCUCUGAGAGACCUUUGUAGUAGACCAGCGCGUCGAUAAAACUAUUCUGUGGUGUUUGCUCUGUUGAGUGUGUGAGAGAAGUAAGAGUUCUGCCCUGAGCAUCCCACACUUCCCGAACG